UGGCCAGAGUAGCGGGACCGUGGGUGACACGUAAGUUGGGUGGGAGGCGGCGGCGGCCGAGAUUCACGCAGCCCGGUCAGUGACACCGGCCCGCAGCACCCAACCCCGGUCCGGGUAGCCGGCUUCGACUCAUCCACCCACCCGGGCGGGGCGCGCGCGGAGGCACUGGGCGCCGGGAGCCGGGUUCCCUUUGUUGGGCGCGCACUCCCUCCUUUAGGUGGCAACAAAGUCGCGCAGAGGGAGCCGCCGCGAGGGGGCGGGGAGUGACCCGGGCGGGACUCCGGUUGCCGCUGGGGACCGCGGGGCCAAAAAGUGGAAAGGAGGAGAAAAGGCAGGCAGCGCCUGGGCGAAGGUGCGAGGGCAGUAAGUUCUGAAGUAUGCGCAGGGCCCCCUCCUGGGCCCGGGCAUUCGCAGACAGCAAGCCUUGGAAAAGUUUGGCUGCGGCUGCCCUGUCGGCGUCGAUGGCUGAGCGCCCCUUGGCGCGCGGGGGCUGAGGCGGGCGCCACUUCCCUCCGGCCGUGCUUUUGUGUCUCGCGUCUCCUCUUCAUGCUGCGGCCGGCUACGUCCUGCGGCGCCUGCAGCUGAGGCCCUGGCUCGGGCUGAGGUGAGAAGGAGGAGGAGGAGGAGACGGCGGCGGCGGCCGCGGCGCGGGAUCCAGGCGGGACUAUGGGAAACGGGAUGUGCUCGCGAAAGCAGAAGAGGAUCUUCCAGACGCUGCUGCUACUGACUGUGGUGUUCGGCUUUCUCUAUGGUGCGAUGCUCUACUACGAGCUGCAGACUCAGCUGCGGAAAGCCGAGGCUGUGGCGCUCAAGUACCAGCAGCACCAGGAGUCCCUUUCCGCCCAGUUACAAGUUGUUUAUGAACACAGGUCAAGAUUAGAGAAAUCCUUGCAAAAGGAAAGACUUGAACACAAGAAAGCAAAGGAAGAUUUUCUUGUUUAUAAAUUAGAAGCACAAGAAACACUAAAUAAAGGAAGGCAAGAUUCCAAUAGCAGAUACAGUGCAUUGAAUGUCCAACAUCAGAUGUUGAAAAGUCAACAUGAGGAACUAAAGAAACAGCACAGUGACUUGGAAGAGGAACAUCGCAAACAGGGGGAAGACUUCAGCAGAACAUUUAAUGAUCACAAGCAGAAAUACUUGCAGCUUCAGCAGGAGAAAGAACAAGAACUUUAUAAGCUAAAAGAAUCCAUAUACAAUUUGAGAGAAGAGAAUAGACAGCUAAGGAAAGCACACCAAGACAUGCAUACACAGCUUCAAGAUGUCAAGCAACAGCAUAAGAAUUUACUCUCCGAGCAUGAACAACUUGUAGUGACUUUGGAAGACCACAAGAGUGCGCUAGCUGCUGCACAGACUCAAGUUGCAGAAUAUAAACAGCUGAAAGAUACUCUGAAUAGGAUUCCAAGCUUUCGAAAACCUGAACCAGCAGAAGCGCAAAAUGUUACACAGGUGGCACAUUCUCCACAAGGUUACAGCACUGCUAGAGAGAAGCUAUCCGAAGAGCCACCGGAGGUGUCUCGAAAUAACCAUGUUUGGCAGAAUCAUGAAGCAAUUCCUGGAGGAACAGAAGAAGCCAAACCCUCUCCUCCCACCAAGAAGGAGGCAGAAUUCCAGGCUCCAGCGCGGCUCGGUCCCAGAGGAGCAGAACCCAGAGAGGCGGAUGUGCGCCAGGCCGAGGAGGAGCACAGAAAGGCGCUUGAGGAGGAGGAGAUGGAGCAGGUCGGACAAGCCGAGCGUCUCGAGGAGGAACACGAUCCCUCACCAGAGGAGCAGGAUCGGGAGUGGAAGGAACAGAGAGGACAGAAAGAAGCGGCCAACCUUUUGGAAGGGGAUGCUCAUGCCAGGGUGUAUCCUUCAGUCAAGCCAUCUUCCAAAUUGCAAUCUCCAUAUGAGGAGCAGUUAGAACAGCAGAAACUGGCAGUGAGACACGCUGAGGAGGCCCAGCGGCUCAGAGAACACCAAGAAGCUUUGCUCCAGCAGAGACUUCAGGGACACCUGUUGCGGCAGCAGCAGCAGCAGCAGCAGCAGCAGCUUGGCACAAGAGAGCUGCCCCGGCAGAGGCAGGCCGAGCGUGAGGAGGGGCAGCUGCAGCACCAGGAGCAGCCACGGCAGCAAGCUCGUUACGAUGCUAUGGAUAACGAUAUUGUUCAAGGAGCAGAGGACCAGGGAAUCCAAGAAGAGGAAGGAGGUGCCUAUGAAAGAGACAACCAACACCAAGAUGAAGCAGAAGACCCAGGUAAUGGACAUGAGCCUCAAGAACAAGGGCCCCAAGAAGCCGACCCAGAAUCUGAGGCAGACAGGGCAGCUGUAGAGGAUAUAAAUCCGGCAGAUGACCCCAAUAACCAAGGCGAAGAUGAAUUUGAGGAAGCCGAGCAAGUGAGAGAAGAAAAUUUGCCAGAUGAGAAUGAAGAGCAAAAACAAAGUAAUCAAAAGCAAGAGAAUGCAGAAAUGGAGGAGCAUUUGGUGAUGGCAGGAAAUCCAGACCAGCAGGAAGAUAACGUUGAUGAACAGUACCAGGAAGAGGGAGAAGAGGAGGUUCAGGAAGAUUUGACUGAAGAGAAAAAAAGGGAAUUGGAGCAUAAUGCUGAAGAGGCCUAUGGUGAAAAUGAUGAAAAUGUCAAUGAUAAAACCACUGAUGGAGAAGAGCAAGAAAUCCGAGAUGAAAACCGCCCCAAAGGCCGAGAGGAGCACUAUGAGGAGGAUGAAGAGGAGGAGGAAGACAAGGCUGCUGCAGCUGAGAAGUCACAUCGGAGAGCUGAAAUGUAGCUGUGCCUAGUUUCACAGCCAGUGCUCAGACAACGGAUUCUUUUCAAGCUGCUCAAAAAUAAAUCUGCCUACUGAACGCUAAGAUAUUUAAUUAAAAAAAAAGUAAGAAUUUAGACUUUUUAAACUUUUGUAUUAGAAACGCUCAUACAUUUAUAUGAGUAUAUUUUGAUAACCUAGGUUAGAUCUUCUUUUAUAUUCAAGCUAAACAUGAACAAGAAGAAAAACAGUAAAGCAAACUUUAGGCUUUGAUUCUCUCAUUUUUCAUAGUUUAUGUGAUGUUGGAAAGAACAUUCAUUUUAUUUAUGUUUCAACUUGUUACCUUUCUAUCUUCUGGUUUCCAGGUGUUCUGUUUCACUUUGGUAAAAUGCAGGAUAUAGAAACAGUGAAUACUGCGAAAUGUCAUGCAGACUUUAAGGAGAAUGUUCAGUUUACUAAUUGCUGCCCUUUCCAGAUUCUUAUGUGUAGUUCUGGUGUAACUUUCACCUUUCUGUGUAUCUCUAGACAGUCAGAAUGACAUACAAUUGGAAAAGGCAUUUUUCUUGCAGAGUAAAGACAUGGUUUUUCAGACUGUUUCAAAUCAGUUAGAGAAGUGUUUGGCAUUACUGAAAAUCAUAGCUGUUCUGCUUGAGAGGAAUAGAAUCUAAUGGUGACAUGUACUAAAACUUGUGUGACAGUAUUCUGGACUUAUUAGCUAUUUCAGUGUUUGAACAAGGUAUAACACAUCAGGGUACUAACCUUUUUGAAGGACUGAUGCAUUGUUUAAAAUCUAAUUUAGUCUGUAUGCAAGGUGUUUUCUACUUGAGCACCUAUUUGCAGUAUUUUUUUUUCUGAAGUCACCUAGUGAUACCUUUUUUUCAGUAUCAAAUCCUUUACAAUAAUAUACGCUUUCCGUUUAAGCUCCGUACCUCAACCUGUAAUCAAUUUAAUGAUGAGUAUGGUAGGAAAGCAUACCAAACUGUACAAGUUAAUAGGAUUGCUUUUUGAAACUCUAUGAUAACAUAUACAUGGCAAUAUGGUAGACCCUUGUGACUUUUCUAUUUGCUGGGAUUGGGUCUGCUUUUUGCCUGUGUAUUUAUAAGGCAUUUUAGUGAUUAUGAAUUAUAAUAAAACCCUUAAAAUGAAAAAAUUAAAAAUCAAAACUUUUCCUUGGAACAGAGACAUUUGUCGAAAGCAUAGAUUUUAAAUAUAUAAGAAUUAGGUUAUAUAAUUCAUAUGUGUGUGGUUUUUAAAUAAUACUCUCAAAUUAAUAAAAAAAAUUUAGUUUCUACCAUUAUUUGAAUGUAAUUUUAUUUUUAAUAACCACACUCAUGCCUGGUUUUGAUUAUCCCAGUUGAGUGAUUGUGUAUGGAUACAUAGAAAUGUUUUUUCCAAAUGUAUUUUGGAUUUUCAAUAAUCAUAGAUCAAAUCUUACCUUUAUGUAUAAAAACUCUUUAUGUAAUGUAAAAUGUAUAAUAUUGUACAUAAUAUUCAGAAUACAAUUAUUUUGGUAAAUUAGUUUGUAUUUUUAAUGUCCCCAUUGCUGUAUUUAAUUAUUUGAAACAUAAUGAAAUUUGGUAAUAGGCAAUAAAGCUAUACAAAGCAAAUGGCAAA